AUGGGCUCGAGUUUCGAGACGAAGCAGAAUGUGGGCGGAGGGAUUCUCACGGGCCCGCCAGGAAUGCCGCUGCCUGUGGGAAUUGGAUCGUCGCGGCUGUCGUUCACCGGCGCGCCUCAGCCCGGCGCGCCCUACUGCAUCCCGGCGCUGUUGCAAUCCGCGAGAAGCAGCGCGGCGGAGAUGUUUCGCUUUCCGCGGUCGCCAAGUACGGAUUCCGACGACCUUUAUCCAGAUUCUUCGCAAGUGGACGUACCACGGCAAAUGGCUGCUCCCGGCUUACCUCCUCCUCUCUCGGUGGCUCCUCCUCACGCGACGCACCAUCGCCGCUCGCGAAGCAGCAUGAGCGACGAGCAGGCGAACAGGAACCCAGCGGGUUACCACCUCCGCGGCGAGCUCCAGCAGCAGCAGCCAUGCGAGUACACCCACUGCCUCACCUGGCAGGGGGGGCCCAGGCGAGACAGCAACGAAGGAACAGGGCCAGUACCCCGUGUUACAUCACAUGACGCGCCAGGUGUAACCACCACUGGUGGUAACGCCACGGUGGCGAGUGUUUCAGCCAAUCCGGGUGGUUUGGCUUCCGAUAAUCGAGGAUCCGGGCGGCUGUGCAGGAGUGUUCAGGACGAUGACGUGGCGGAGGGAGCGGCGCCGUGCCAGCGUGGCAAGCCGAGCGCGGAAGGGACGGAGAGGGAACGGGCGGCGUCUUCGCGCAGUGGCAGAAAGGAUAGAACCUCUGGGAGGGCGAAUGGAAAGAAUGAUUCAGGAGACCGCGAAGAGAAUUCGACGGGGUUAGGAGGGGUAGGGAGGAGUGUGGCUGGGUCAGGGAGAAGAUCUGGACGGCUGAGCAGGAAUCUGGGGGACGAUGAGGACGAGGAUCAACGGUCAGGAAAGAGUGGGUCAGGGAGGCUUAGGAUGAGCUUGGAGAACGACGACGUGGCGACCGGUGAUGUCAUGCUGCCACGUCAGCGUGGUUCGGCGGGGCUGUCCUCUGCGCGCCGCAAUCCACCGACCCGCCACGCGAAGGGCGGCUCGGAAGGAGAUGGAAAGCAGCCUGAUCGAACCACACAUGAAGGCACGAAAACUCAACUGGUCUCCAGGCGCACCCAUCCAAUCUCCCAAGGUCAAGCAAAGCCGAAAAGCCAUGUUCAGCGAACCCUGGAGGAGGAGGACUGCGAGCACCGCAGCAGAUCCCCCCGGGUGUCACCGACAGGCUCGGAUUGCCCGCCAUCGGCCUCAGAGCCUCGGGAACGCAGUAGCUCACGCAGUGUUGGUGUGGUUCCUGCUGGUAGUGCUAGCAGGUCAGGAGGAUCCCUCCCCCGAGGAGAUGGGGGAGCGUCUGGGGGGGGUGACGGUGCGAGCAUACGGCAGGGCAGCAGGCUGAGCAGGAGUAUGGAGAGGGAUGGUGCUGUGGGAAGAGCUGGUGAUGAUGCUGCUGGUUCCCGGCAGAGCAGCAGGCUUGGAAGGAGUGUCGAGAAGGAGGGUGUGGCUUGCCAGCCAGGUUCGGUGGUUGGGAAGAAAUCAUCAACCCAGGGCGUCAGGUUCGGCGACGUGCAUGGGACAGGUGUGGCAUGCGAGCGCGGUGUGGUUGGGCGUAGAGGUGUGCGCGGUGGGGAGAGGGGGGGAGAGCACCGGCGGGGAGGGGGAGGGCAAGAGAGGAGGCAACCAGUGAAACUGUGUCGGAGCUUGGAUGAGGAUGAGGAUAAGGAGGUUGAUGUUGAUAGUGACAAUGGCAAGGUUUCUCGCGAGAAUGGUGUGUCAUCAGGGAGGAGGCUGGAGAGAAACUUGGAGGAAGACGAGGAUGGAGAGUGCACAAGAGGAGCCGCGCCACGUGUCGUCUGCGUGUCCGUCGGUCCUUCCUCCACCCCGUCCUCCUCUUCCUCCACCCCGUCCUCCUCUUCCUCGUCCUCCGCGUUUCCCGCCUCCGCCAAGUCCGGAAGCUGCUGCGGCUCGCCAUCAACCGGAUCCGUCUCCGCUUCAGCAGCAGCAGCAUCCGCGGCGGUCACAGCCGCGCCGCCUGCCGCGUCAACCGCAGCGCCCGCGUCGCCGCAGCUGACUCCGUCGCUGACGUCAGCAGCGAGCGAUGCGGCGGCGUACGCAAUUGCGAACCCGCCGAGAACGGACUGGACGAGGGACGAGAUUCAGGCGAUCUACUCGUCGCCUCUGCUCGACCUUAUUUUUCACGGGUCGCAGGUGCACCGCGCGGUGCACGGCAACAGGGAGGUGCAGCAGUGCACGCUGCUGUCCGUGAAAACCGGCGGAUGCUCCGAGGACUGCUCCUACUGCGCGCAGUCGUCGCGCUACGACACCAGCCUGGAGCCGGCCAAGUUCAUGCCGGAGGACGAGGUUAUCAGCGCCGCGAAGAAGGCGAAGGAGAGCGGCAGCACGCGGUUUUGCAUGGGCACGGCAUGGCGUGGCGCCACGGGGCACACGGAUGACUUCAACAAAGUGCUGGGCUAUGUGCGCACCAUCAAGGACAUGGGCAUGGAGGUGUGCUGCACGCUGGGAAUGCUGACGGAGCAGCAGGCGGUGCAGCUGAAGCAGGCGGGGCUGACGGCGUACAACCACAACCUCGACACGUCCCGCGAGUUCUACCCCAACGUCAUCAGCACGCGCACCUAUGACGACCGCCUGCAGACCAUUGCCUAUGCGCGCAACGCCGGCAUCUCCGUGUGCUCCGGAGGGAUCAUAGGGAUGGGGGAGGCAGCGGAGGAUAGGGUGGGGCUGCUCUAUGAGCUCGCCACCAUGCCACAGCACCCGGAGAGCGUCCCUGUCAACCUCCUUGUGCCCAUCCCCGGCACGCCGCUCGAGAGCCAACCUCGCGUGCCCGUGUGGGACGUGCUCCGCAUGAUUGCCACCGCCCGCAUCAUCAUGCCGCAAGCCAUGGUGCGCAUGUCCGCUGGGCGGCUCGGUUUGUCUGUAGCGGAGCAGGCGCUGUGCUUUUUGGCAGGUGCGAAUUCGAUUUUUACCGGGGAGCGGCUGUUGACGACGGCGAAUAAUGACAAGGAUGAGGACGCGGAGAUGUUUCAGCUGCUCGGGCUGCUGCCCAAGCCUGCCAAUCUGUCCCUUUAG